AUGUCUCUGGCCGCAGCGCUCGCCUCAGAGGGCGUGCGGCCGGCCAGCUUCCUCCCCUCCAUCAAGUGUUCCGACUGUGGGAAGGAGAUUGAGAUAUCCGACAUAGGAUCGCAUGUGUGUGGAAAGAGUGAUAGUCCUCCGCCGUCCAGCAAGAGCCGCAAAAUCAGCAUGAGCAAUCCCUUCACGCUGCGCAAGCUCAAUGCCGGAGGCCAGCCGGCAAACGCUCCUUCACCGCUACAACAGGACUCGUCUGUCAUCGCGCCCAGUCCUGUCUCGAGCAAGUCGGCCAGCAAAGCGUCUCGAAGCCAACCUCCUAGAAUUAAUCCCGAGGCCGCCAACAGGCCGUUCCUGGCUCCAAUCCAGCGUCACCAGCCCUCCCCUCUCUCGCCCGCAGCCAGUAUCCGAUCGGGCAGUAGUAACGACAGCAGACCUACUUUUACUCGAAGUGCUACCAGCCCUGCCCCUCGUCUCUACGACCCUCGGCCUCCAAGUCUUGAGCUUUCGGCGAAUCUGGACUGCGCAUUUCCUCCCUUUCCCACUCCGACGAGCUCUGGCCGACGACCUUCGGCGCCUACAAUCAGCAGCAGUCGCAAAACUCCAACUGGUAGCGAUCGUGCGCCCUCGCGGGGUGGCUCACGACUUGAUCACGUGCAAAAUGCUAGUCCAGCGCCGUCUGAGCUCAAGAGUCCGAAUACUCGGGGAGGAGAGAACGUUUUGAAGAGGAUGAAAUCGCUCAGGAAUGGCCCUUUCGCUUUCAAUCGCAGACAAGUAAGCGGCGACACAAAAGGGGAGCUCGUUAUUGAGAAGACCCGACCAAUUGGGCCUACGUUGGACGAGCCUUCGAAUCUACCGACGAUAGCGAAUUCGAAUCACUCAGAAUCCCGAAGACUGUCGAACCCGGCAGAGGGUUCAGAAACACGACAGCCGCCAGCACGGCCCGAGAGACCGCCCAGCCAAGACGUCUUCUCGCCUGCUUUUCUGAGCCAGUUGAACCUGGAGCCUUUACCUAUUGAGCCGUUGCCGCUCGAUGACCUGGAACAGAUCCGUCCCGUUGACCGCAGCAAAACUUUCCCUUGGCAGGACAGCGAGGAGCACCCUCCGUCGCCUCAGACGCGGUCGCGGAUGCGUAGCGAACCUGCCAUGAGGGAGACAAACCCACAGGAAUCCGCAUCUGAACAGUCCAAGAUUCCGCAGAUCCAGUUUCUAGAAAUGGACGAAAGCAAAGACGGGCCACGCCUGGACCACAGAAUCCAUGAUGCGCCUCCAGUACCCAAGGCAAUCGAACAGUAUCGGCACGACAGUAGUCAUACACCCACAGAUUCGGGCUCAUCUAUUUCGUCAGCCACGCAUUCCACACCGCUUACCGAUAGAAGCGGUACAAGUUCCGGAGGUAGUGUGGCCAGUAGCAUGGACACUUUCUCUUCCCGCAAUUUUGACCAUGACGAGGACAUGAUGGUUAAGGGACUAAGUGUUCGAGGUCAGCAACGACCAGAUUUGCGAGCUGAGCAGCCAGGACAGAGAUCUCCGCCAAGAAACAAAGCCAGAACAGAACUUCCGCUCGAGACUCCCCAGAAGCCUGAAGAAAUCGCUCAGACACCACUAGAAUCGCCCAUGGAUCCAGCUCUCCUUGGAAUGCAGCGUGCCGUAGGACCAGCGUACGAGCCAUGGCAAGCAACUUCCCCGCCGUCAAGACCUAAAUUGUCCAGGACACAAACCUCGCCGGAAUCUGUGUCCGCAGAGAACUUUCCUUAUCCGCCAGCACUCUCAAUACCGAAGCAGCCGGAUCUUGAGCACAGCGCCUUCAUUCGGUCUGCGCCGCCAAGAGAAACAACCAGGCCUCGGGCGCCCAGUGCAGCAACUUCGCGAUACAGCUCGUACAGCGCCAAUUCGACACGACCAGCAGUGCCCGAUACGCUUCGUCCUCCACCGACUCCUCAGGACCAGUGCAAGAAGCCUCCUUCGCGCCGAGGUACGAACGCCAAGCCCGUGUGCCGAGGCUGCAAUCAUACGAUUGAUGGCAAGUCGGUGAAAGCGGCGGACGGACGUUUGACGGGCAGGUGGCAUAAGGCGUGUUUUGUCUGCAAAUCCUGUCAGCAACCCUUCGUAACCGCGGACUUUUACGUGAUUAACAACGAACCGUACUGCGAACAACACUAUCACGAAGAAAAUGGGUCGCUGUGCCACGGUUGCCAUCGUGGUAUUGAAGGGCAGUAUCUCGAAACAUCGAGCUCCACUCGGUACGGCAGUGUGGACAGGAAGUACCAUCCCCGCUGUUUCACUUGCUGUCAAUGCCGCACGGUUCUGGCGCAGGACUAUUUUGAGAUGCGGGGCGCGGUGUAUUGCGAGAGACAUGCAUUGGCGACCAUGAGGGCACAGAACCGACUGGCUCAUGGUCUUAAUCCUCAGGCGGAUCGAAGGGGCCUAAUGGCGGAGAGGAGGACCACCAGGCUGAUUAAUCCAAUGAUGGCUUGA